CGCAUGUUUAGAAAGGGUCAUAUAAAUGAUCUGAAGUAGCGUAUAUAUCUGAUUAGAAUAAUUAGCGUAUAUAUUUGAUUAGAAUAAUUCUGUUGUGCUCCUGUUAUACUAUAACAGAAUUACGCCUCUAAUUAGGUACGCGGUACGCGUUACGCGGAAAAUAUCAGUCCAUGUGACCGUACCCUUAUUAGGCCCAUCAUUUGCACAAUAGAAGCACAAUAGAAAAUAUGAAAACAUGAUAAAAAGAUUUCUAUUGAUAAAUACACAUAUAAAAAUCUCUGCUGAGAUAUAAGCGAUCAAUGGUACAAUUAUGUAAUUGACAUUCAUCUUUUUUUUCUACAAAUUUAAUAAAUGACCUAAAUAAAUGCGUCUCAAAUAUUUUGAAAACUUCUUUCGAUCUUCCUAUAUCUUGUGACGCUCCUAUUGUUUGCAAAUAUUGAAAUUAUUACAUCAUCAGAAAAAAAAAUCAAGGGUAUAUACAAUACUGCCAGUUACUGGAAAUCUGUAGUUAUCUACAGUUCAGUGAUAACGUGAGUGAAGUGUGUUAACGUAGUUCGUAUAUAUACGUGGAUACUCGUGGCGCGAAACGGGGAUCUCUAUCAUAUACCACGUGGCAAUAACGAUUUGAUUGAUUUCGAACAAUUAACGAUUAUUUAAAAAAAAAAUGUGUGGAAUUUGGGCAUUGUUUGGAUUGGACACGCAGUCCUUGACCUGUAUCUGCGAAAAUUUUGAUAAGAUCUCGCACCGUGGUCCGGAAGCUUUUAAAAUCGAAUUUGAUAACAGAGUUAAGAAUGGGUAUCUAGGAUUUCACAGAUUAACCAUUGUUGAUGGCCUAUAUGGAAUGCAACCUAUGAGAUUACACAAGUAUCCAAAUCUCUUCCUCUUGUGUAACGGGGAAAUAUAUAAUUGUGAAAGAUUACAAAAACAAUAUCAUUUUGAAUAUGCUACUAAAUGCGAUGUAGAAGCAAUUAUGCAUUUAUAUACAUGCAAUGGUGCCGACAGUGUUGCCCGAUCUCUAGAUGGUGUAUUUGCAUUUUGUUUAAUGGAUGUUACCAAAAGGAGGAUUUUAAUAGCCAGAGAUCCAUAUGGUGUAAGACCACUAUUUAAAUUAUAUUCAGAUGAUGGGCAAUUAGCCAUUUGUUCAGAAAGCAAGGGUUUAAUGGAAAUUACAAAACGCAUAAGUGGCAAAUGGACAUUAGAACCAUUUCGUCCAGGUCAUUAUGAGGAAUAUGAAAUUUUAGAUGAUGGUCGAGCAAAAAUUUUGUCUAAUAUUUGUUAUUAUAAACCUGGUGAUAAACCUUCUUUCCAAGUGUUUAUUCCUUGGCCAACCUUGAAUCCAAAAGAUAUUCAUGGCAAUAUUCGAAAGUUACUUUCAGCAGCAGUAGAAAAACGAUUAAUGGCCGACAGACGGAUAGGAUGUUUGUUGUCAGGCGGAUUAGAUUCUAGUUUGGUUGCAGCUUUAUUAGUGAAACAAGCAAAAGAACAUAAUUUACCAUAUAAGAUUCAAAGUUUUGCAAUAGGUAUGGGUGACAGUCCAGAUAUUGUUGCCGCAAGACAGGUUGCAGAUUAUAUUGGAAGUGAGCAUCAUGAAAUUAUCUUUACAGAAAAAGAUGUAAUUGAUAUAUUGAAUAAAGUUAUUUAUUCACUAGAAACAUAUGACAUUACGACUAUUCGAGCUUCGAUAGGGAUGUAUCUUAUUUCAAGGUAUAUAAAACAGAAUACAGAGACAACUGUAAUCUUUAGUGGAGAGGGUGCAGAUGAACUGGCACAAGGCUAUAUUUAUUUCAGAGAUGCACCCAGUGCAGCAGAUGCUCAUAAUGAAUCUUUAAGAUUAUUGAAAGAUAUAUAUUUAUAUGAUGGUUUAAGAGCUGAUCGCACGACGAGUGCAUUUAGUUUAGAGUUAAGAGUACCAUUUUUAGAUCUUCAGUUCACAUCAUAUUAUUUAUCUUUGGACUCCAAUAUAAGACAACCUCAAGAUGGAAUCGAGAAGCAUUUGUUAAGAGCUGCUUUUGAUGGAACUGAUUUAUUACCUUUGAACAUACUAUGGAGGCAUAAAGAAGCUUUCAGUGAUGGAGUGGCAUCUAUCAAGAAAUCUCUUUUUCAAGUGAUUCAAGAAAUAGUAGAAAAUCGUGUUCAUGAUGAAGAUUUAAGUGCAGCUCACACUAAAUACCCUCAUUGUACACCAAGAACGAAAGAAGCACUCUAUUAUAGAAAUAUCUUUGAGUCAUAUUACAAGGGGCGAGCAGAAAGUUUUAUACCUUAUUUUUGGAUGCCGCGCUGGGUUAAAAAUGUUACGGAUCCAUCUGCUAGAUUCAUUAAACAUUAUGCUGCAAACACUGAUGAACAAUCAGCUGAAAACAAUUAGAAAAAUGAUGAAUAUUAAUUUAUAAAAAGAAGAUUAAUAUAUAUACGUAUUUUUUGAUUAAAAGAUAAAAAUUUAAAAAGAUAAAACACAAA